AUCACAGCAUACAGAAGGCGGCCCCCGUGGGUCUGAUUUAAAAUACCGUCGCAGUCCAUACUUUUUUUUUCAGUACGGUUUCGGCCGCGUGUGUGCUUCUCCGAGCAGUCUCAAUAAAAUCGUAAUAUGCCAAAGGAGGAGCAGCCCCGAGAACCGGAGCAGCUCCGGAAGUUGUUCAUCGGAGGCCUGAGCUUCGAGACAACAGACGACAGCCUGCGAUCUUAUUUUGAGCAAUGGGGCACGUUAACCGACUGUGUGGUUAUGAGAGACCCGAACUCCAAACGCUCCAGAGGCUUCGGUUUCGUCACGUAUUCGUGCGUGAAGGAAGUCGAUGCUGCCAUGGAGGCACGUCCUCACAAAGUCGACGGUCGUCUAGUAGAGCCCAAACGCGCCGUGUCUAGAGAGGAUUCCAACAAACCCUUUGCACACACUACAGUAAAAAAGAUCUUUGUGGGGGGCAUCAAGGAAGACACAGAAGAAAGUCAUCUACGGGACUACUUCCAGGAAUUCGGAAAGAUCGAAGCAAUCGAAAUAAUGAUUGACCAUAAGACAGGCAACAAAAGAGGUUUUGCAUUUGUGACGUUCGAUGACCACGAUGCCGUAGAUCGUAUUGUCAUUCAAAAGUACCACACGAUAAAUGGCCAUAAUUCAGAAGUGAGAAAGGCCCUCUCGAAACAAGAGAUGCAGAACUCAUCAAUGAAUAUGAGGGGACGUGGAGGUGGAAACUUCGGUGGUCGAUAUGGCAACAAUGACUUUGGAGGUGGCAGAGAUGGGUUCAGAGACGGAUUCAGAGGAGGCAGAGGUGGCAGUGGAGGGUAUGGAGGUGGAGAUGGCUACAACAACGGAUUUGGAGAUGGUGGAUAUGGUGGAGGCGGUCCUAGCUACGGAGGCCGUGGUGGAGGAUAUGGUGGUGGAGGAGGACCAGGCUACGGUAACAAUGGUGGUGGAGGCUACGGUGGUGGCGGAUAUGGAGGCGGAGGAGGAUACGGUGGUGGUGGCGGCAACUACGAUAAUUAUAACAACGGCGGUGGAAACUUUGGAGGCGGUAACUUCGGUGGAGGUGGUGGAGGUAACGGAAACUACAAUGACUUUGGAAACUACAACAACCAGCAGUCAAGUUUUGGCCCCAUGAAAGGAAGCUAUGGUGGUGGAGGUGGCGGCAGGAAUAGCAGCCCUUAUGGUGGUGGCUAUGGGGGUAGCUCAGGAGGCGGUGGAGGUUAUGGCGGAGGCUCUGGUGGUAGACGAUAUUAAGUCUUUUUUUUAAAGGUUUGUGAUGCGUUGUUUUUACAAAAACUGCAUAUUGAGAUGUUCUUUAGGCAAAGUGUCUUCUUCUUCUGGAUGAUAAAUAUUUGUACAAAAAAAAAAUCUAUUAAACCCUGAGAGGCAGUGUAUAGCUUAACAUUGUUGUUCAUAUUCAACAGGACUCAGUACUUAGGAGAGGAUACAGGAGAGCAAGUGGAGUGACAGGGCAGCGGCAGGUUUACUCCCUAGAUCUGCUCAGCCGUUCAGAAGAGAUGUACAGUAGUGUCGUCAUGAGAGAGAAUUUUGUUUUUGUGUGUGGUUGUGAUGUCAGGCUUUUUAUAUAUUUUUUUCUUUAUGGGAUGCAUUCCAUUGGAAGCUUUGUGUAGAAUUACUUUAAACCAGGGUCCUAAUUAUGUGUAACAUGAACAAAAUCAAGAAAUAAAGCAACAUCCAGUUUUUUUUAA